GUGUGGAAGCUCCUCCCUGACAUAUUCAUGUGGACAAAAGCUUUGUCUCUCCGUGUGUUACGUGAACAUUAGCUGUGCGCUAAACUAAGAGGAACUUAGGAAAUUUCUAAUUUUCUGUCCAGCAUGCAAUUUCUGCUUCAACACAGCUCGACAGCUCACUGGAGCACACGCUACAUCCUGCCGUGCAUAUUCAUCAUGAUCGCCUCCUCUGGACCAGUUUCUGCCUUUCACGCCCCUCCAGUCACGACAGGUCUCCGCUCAGCUUUCUCUGCCACACAAACCACCAGCAUAGUGGGAGGCAGGCAGAAGGUCGUGACCUUCGACAGGCUCAUGGUCAACAUCGGAGGGGAUUUCCAUCCGGACAGCGGCCGCUUCCACUGUCGCAUCCCUGGGGCUUACUAUUUCUCCUUCUCCGUGGGGAAGUUUCCAAAGAAAAUACUGUCAGUCAUUCUGGCGAAGAACGGGAAGGAGGUGCAGGCUAUGGCGUAUGACGACUACCUCAAGAAAGGGAGGAAAGUUCAGAGUCAAAGCAUCAUGAUAGAGUUGAGGGAGAUGGACACUGUUUGGCUGCUCUUACAGCCGUCUCCUCAGUAUGCUUUGUACAGCAAUGCCGGGCCUUACAUCGCCUUCUCUGGUUACCUCAUUUACCCCGAUGUCUCCACAGCGAGCUACAUCAACAACCACCUCGCUCCACCAGGCCAGUCCUACCCACACUGCCCUCCUCCUGCUGACCCACAGGUCAGAGGUCAGACGUCAGUGCAGCCACGGUCAGCUUUCUCUGUGGCCCGGACGUCCACGCUCAUAGGUCAGAGCAGCAGGCAGCAGAACAAGCGACCUCUGACCUUUGAUGUGGAGUAUAUCAACAUUGGGGGACAUUUCAACAAAACCUCCGGCCUUUUCACAUGUCGCUUCCCGGGCGCUUACUUCUUUGCCUUCACUGUGGGGAAACACCCUCGCAAGGCCGUUUCUGUGAAGCUGAUGACCGGGAAGGGAGACGUGCAGGCGAUGGUGUUCGACGACGACACGUCAAAGAGACGGGAAAUGCAGAGUCAGAGUCUGCUGCUGUCUCUCAGGAGAGGCGACACGGUUUGGCUGUACAGUCAGCAGGAUGAACGUUACGCCGUCUACAGCAACCAGGGCAGGUACACCACCUUUUCUGGAUUCCUGGUUUAUCCUGAGGCAGAACUCUUCACACCGUCGACGAGCUGAAAUACAACUCAUCUCUGAAUGUGUUUUUGUUAAAGUAGCAGAAAAGACAAAAAAGAAACAGAAAAAAAAGAUUCUGCAUCACUGUAGAGCGAGAAAAUUCACUGCUUUUUGUUUGUUUGUUUGCAUUUUAUGUCAUUCUCAGUAAAUAAUUGAAUUCCAAAUUACACCACAAGAUGGUGCUAUGACACAAUUAAGCACAUUAACCAGUGUGCAACAUGGUUAUAUUUGUUCCUGCUCAAAAACAAAAGGAUGUAUGUAUUAUUUGUGUUUAUGUAUAAAUUAUUGGUGAAGUCCAAAUUGUUUUAUUAUCGUUUAAUUUUAUAUUUAAUAGUGUGGAUGCUCUGUAUCUGUGAUGUUGCUAUUUUAU